AACAAGCAGUGCCAGCAACAUUUGGCGUGUGCGGGGUGCCACAUUGUGAGUGAAAAAUCGCACAGCAAGCAGUGGAUACUACUGGCAGGACGCGGGUUCGUGUACGAUUUGUAAGCGAUGGAUCCGCUUAAUAUAAAGCUGGAGGUGCCGGACUUACCGCUGCCCCUCGGGGAGGAUGGUUUGAUGAUGUCGACCGCCGAUUUCCUGCCGACCGGAAACGACCUGUUCCUGGGCGAUGAUGACGACGACGUGAUUGUGGUGCAUAUGGAUUUGCGCGAGAAUUUGUCCACCCUGCGGGGGUUGGUCGAGCGGCGGAUUGGGCUUUCGCUCAAGCACUACGAGUUCUGGCUCCAGGGCUCGACCAUGCUCGAGUCGCACAAGAACCUCGUCGACCAGUGCGUGCAGGGCGAGGGGCUGGUGCAGAUCAACGUACAGGUCCAGCCGACCAAGCGGCGCAUCAACAUCGCGGACGUGCUGAAACCCACCGAUGAGGUGCUCGAAUCCUACCAGCGCGAAAUCGAGCAAGCCGCAAAGGAGGCGGAAGCGGCCGCCGCCGCCAAGCGGGCCGCGGAAGAGGAGGCGGCCGCAGCCGAAGCGAUUGCCGCAGCGGUGGCCGAGGCGGAAGCGGCCAGCGCGAAAGAGAAUGCGGCGGAACCCGCGAGCGGGACGGGCGAGCGAGACGGGUCCGGCGCGAAGGCACCCGCCGGCCUGACGAAGGAAGCACAGGAGACGGCCAAUGCCGUGGCGGCCAUCAUCAACUCGGUCAGUGUGGAAGAGCGUGAGAAGGAGCGCAAGAAGGAACGGCAGGUCCAGGGCGACAAGGGCGGCCUUAAGCUGAUCCCGGCGAUCAAGGAGGAGGUGUUGGGCUUUGGGGAGAAUUCGCUGGACGAGUGCGACGAGUCGGAUGGGGAGAUGGGCGACGAACCGGCGGCUUGCCUGCCCUGGGUGUACGACAGUGCGUUCAAGCGCGACCAGCAGCGCCUGAACAUUCCGGACGAUCCGAAUGAGUGGACGGUGGCGCAGGUAAAACACUGGAUCCAGUGGGCGGUCCGGACGUUCAACCUGAACGGGAUCAAGCUGCAGGACUGGAGCAUCAGUGGCAAGGAGCUGUGCGAGCUGGAUCUGGACGAUUUCAAACUGAAAGCACCGAACGAUCCGGGCGGCCUGUUUUGGAUGCAUUUGGAGCUGCUGCGACGGCACAAGAUCGUGGCCACCCUGCAGAAGCCCGUCGAUGGGGAAGAUCUAGUUGAAAUGACCAUCCGGCGGAAGCUCCCCAAGCCAAACAUUGGCAGCAGCAAGAACGAUGAGUUCAGCUACUGUGGCAACCGCACGGGAAACAAUGGACAGAUCCAGCUGUGGCAGUUUCUGCUGGAAAUUCUCACCGACCGGGAACACCGCACCAUUAUUCAGUGGAUAGGUACCGAUGGAGAGUUCAAGCUGUGCAAUCCGGAACAGGUCGCUCAGCUGUGGGGCGAGCGCAAGAACAAGCCGACGAUGAACUAUGAGAAGCUGUCUCGCGCCUUACGCUACUACUACGACGGGGACAUGAUUUCGAAGGUGCACGGCAAACGGUUCGUGUACAAGUUCGUGUGCGAUCUGCGCGAGCUGCUCGGGUACGAUGCUUCGGAAUUGGCCUCCCUGGUCAACGAAGGGAAUCCCGAUAAUCAGUACGGGACGAAGAAUUAUGACGUUGAUUUCGAUUGAUCUAGGCAGUGGUGCUUUUGUGCGUCCCUUUCUUGG